ACAGAAGAAUUGCUUGACCGGUCAAAGCACGCUACGUAUCGCCAUGUGUCUUAUGCUUAUACGUCGAUGAUCCAAUCCCACGGACCGCCGUUCGUGUCAGUCUGUGGGUCCUAAAGUUACGUCAACUGUUAGGUUGUGCCUUUUAUUGCGUCGACGCAUCCCUCCCCCUCCAACAUCGGCACCAGUCUUACUUCCGUAAGCGUAGAGGAGCCAUGGAGGACGUGUGGUCUUGGGUCGCCGCUCUCCCUGAGCCAUCGCGAUGGCCUUCCGCCCCUCCGUCUCUUGUUCUUGCGUCAGCCGACGAAAAGACGAUCUGCCUCGCAGCCGACCGCACCGCCGGCUCCGGCGCGGAGACCCUCCUCACCUUCUCCAUCACACUCCACGGUUUCCAUCCCUCCAACACCUCUCGUGCCCUAUGGCUGUCGGAUCCCGUAUCCCCUUCAUCCCCUCAUAUCCCUCUCCUCCUCCAGCUCCUCCGUGAGACAAUCUCCAUGUCUCCCUCUUCUUUCUCGUUGUCUGCGAUCAAGUUCGACCAGGAAUCCGUUUCGGGUGCCCUCGGUGGUGACGAGCAGACUGCAUCUUUCUUCUCCCUCGUUUUCGUCCUCCGGCUUUUCUGGACUUGCGCCACUGAAGCUCCUGCCGACGCCGGCUUCCUGUUCUUCCGAGCUCUUGACUCCCCCCUCGAGCAAGCCCUCGGCUGCCGGAUCGCUCUACGUGGCGUCCUCCUUUCCCUCGGGCCGGACGUCGAGGAGCGCUUCAUGCGCUCCCUCGGCUACAUGCUCACCAAGUGGUGCAUCCUCCGCGAGCUUCAGGGCGGCGACUCCAGAGGCCUUCUCCCGGUCGGCUGCUGCCCCUCCUACGGCGCAGAGAGGCACGGGCUUUGGGUCCUGAAGGGCUUCGCUCCGGUGCCGGCCAUGGCCCGAUUUGGUUCCAGCGGCUCGACCGGCAGCCCGAACCUGGAGCCGAAGGACUCCGUGCUGCGCUACACCUUGGCCCACCAGCAGCUCGAAGCCGUGGUACAAUUAGAGUCCAGGGUCUGCAUGCGGGACCCGCGGUUUAUCCGGGUGAGCGUCCGUGUCGACAGUGUACGGCUCAACGUGGUCCGGCUCCGGUUCGGGAGGCGAAAAGAAGUGGAUGACGGCGUCCUGGAGGCCGAACGGCACUUCCCGUCGCGGGCCCGGGUGUGGGUGGGGCCGGAACUGGGGUCGAGCUACGCCACCGGCCCGAGCCUGGGCCGGUCGAGUGGGAACCCGGAGCAGGAGGUGGAGGCGACGCGUACGGUGAAGGGGCGGUUCGGGGAAGGGAAGGCGGCCGGCGUGAAGGCGACGGCACGCACGGCGACGAGGGCGCAGGGGCGCAGCUGGCUGUGGGAGCAGGAGGCCGAGGGCGGCGCGGGCGUGUUCGAUGGGGUGCUCCACGACGGCGCCACGGGGGCGGAGGUGGCGGCGUCGAGGCCAGAAAUCGGCGCGGGCGGCGGCGAAGCGGACCGGAGGGCAGGGAUGAGGCUGAGGUGCAGCGGGUCGGAGAGGGCGUUCAGCAAGGCGGGCGGGGUGGUGGUGGCAGGGGACGAGCUGCCGGAGACGAUAGAGUGGAGGGUGGGAAGGGAGAUGGAGGGGAGGGUGGUGAGGUGGAGACUCGGGGUCCGCGUGUGGGUGAGUUACUUCGCCAAUGACGUGAAGACGGGCUACUGCGAGACGAGGAGCGUGGAGUGGCGGGAGGAGGUGGACUUGGCUUUGGUCGCAGGAACAAGUGAGCUCGCAGCAAGAUGACUUUGGAUAGAUGGGUCCGCCUGUCCGGGAACGCAUUUGGGUUGAGAAGUGGUCGGCUCAAAAAUAAAGAUCGCAAGGCCGGCCCAUUGGAAGCGGUCCGUCCCCGAAGAGGGCCUUUAAAUAACCGUCGGCCCUUUCCAGUUACAAACAGAAAUCCCAAGAAGGCCACAAUGGCGAGAGAUGGCGAAGUGGCCUACUCCAUCGAGGCAGGCGAUGAACUCGAUCCCACUUCGGCGGCGUCGGCCGGUCUUCUCGACGUCUCCCUCAACAUGUGGCCGCCGUCGCAGGAGUCGCGGGACGCCGUGAUCCAGCGCCUGGUCGAGACCCUUUCCUCCCCCUCCGUCCUCACCAAGUGCUACGGCGUCGUCUCCGUCGAGCAGGCUUCCUCCAUUGCUCUCAUCAUCGAGCAGGAGGCCUUCGCCGCCGCCAAUUGCGACGGCGUCUGUCCCUUCUCAGACUACGACUACGGGCUGGAGAUCCUCCAGAUCUACACCAGGGAGAUCGGGAAGCGCAUGAUCGAGUUCAGCAAGUCGAGUGCCCCGCCUGACUCACCUGCGCCCAUCGUCGUGGUCGCUGCCGACGAUUUUGUUUCGAUCAUGGUAGAUUCCGCCUCCACCACCGAUGGUGAUAGGGAGGUAUACUCGUCCACUGAAUCCGAGUCUUCUUGAUUUCAGUCUCGGAUCACUAAUCCGUUGGUAACUUCGCUUGUUUGAAUUCUCUGAAUCAUGCAUCUGUCAUCUGUUUGCUGCAAUGUUGGACAGCGUAGAUAUAGUGCUAAUCGCAUGAAACUUGUUGUUCAGACGUAUACAUAAGAGUAGUUCUGGAGCUUUAA